GAAGGGCUACGGAAGCCGCCGAGGGUCAAGCAGAGCGGGGUGUCUUAUCGCGAUUGCGUCGCUGCGUGAUUGCGUCACUUCCGGGCGGCGGCGCGCGGGGAGAACCAUGCCCAAGUUUUACUGUGAUUACUGUGACACAUACCUCACCCAUGACUCGCCCUCUGUAAGAAAAACCCACUGCAGUGGGCGAAAACACAAAGAGAAUGUGAAGGACUACUAUCAAAAAUGGAUGGAAGAGCAAGCUCAGAGCCUGAUUGAUAAAACAAUAGCGGCUGCAUUUCAGCAAGGGAAAAUUCCACCUACCCCGUUCUCGGCACCACCUCCCGCGGGAGCCAUGAUACCGCCUCCUCCCAGCAUCCCUGGCCCACCGCGGCCUGGCAUGAUGCCGGCCCCUCAUAUGGGCGGACCACCAAUGAUGCCGAUGAUGGGCCCGCCGCCGCCAGGAAUGAUGCCAGUGGGGCCUGCUCCCGGGAUGAGGCCACCGAUGGGAGGACACAUGCCGAUGAUGCCGGGGCCACCGAUGAUGAGACCACCCUCCAGACCCAUGAUGGUGCCAACCAGGCCAGGAAUGACCCGUCCAGACAGAUAAAGGCGGAAACAAAGCUACCCGUUCUCCUUUGUAUCAUGCUCCUUCGUGUUUUAAAAUGCCACAGACCUGUGUCCCUAGGAUGUUGUAUUAAACCAGUGCGUAGAGGAGAUCUGCUGUUACUGCAGACGGUUUGACCUAGAUGUGCGCUGGACUGAUGGUUUUGUACCUGCUCUGCGUUUUUUUGGGUGGGUUUCUUUGUUUUUAUUCUCCCCAAUAAUGAGUUGUAAAACACAACAAUAAAAAAUGGAUGCUGGUUUACAGCCUUACU